GAGGCGGCGGAGCGGGGCCGAGCGACCCCCGGGCAGCGCAAUAGAAGCAGAAUCUGAACUUCUGAUCCUUUUGUCCACUUCUAGCCAAGGUGAAAGAAGGUGGGAAAAGAGAGCUGCAGUAACCUGAACAAAACAGAGAUAUUGGGUUUGCUACUCGGAAAAGAAAAGGGAUGGCUUCCAACACAGCAAACCCUGCUAACCACUUGCCGUACUUCUUCGGCAACAUCACACGUGAAGAUGCCGAGGAGUACCUGAUGCAAGGAGGAGCAAGUGAUGGACUGUACUUGCUCCGCCAAAGCCGGAAUUACCUGGGGGGCUUUGCCUUAUCCUUGGCCCACGGAAGGAAGGUCCAUCACUAUACAAUUGAGAGGGAGCUGAGUGGCUCGUACGCUAUUGCAGGAGGCAAGUCACAUGCGAGUCCUGCUGAACUCGUUAAGUAUCACUCAGAGGAAGCUGAUGGCCUUAUCUGUCUACUGAGGAAACCUUUCAACCGACCACCAGGCGUUGAACCCAAAACAGGACCCUUUGAAGAUUUGAAAGAGAACCUCAUCAGAGAAUAUGUCAAACAAACUUGGAAUUUGCAGGGCCAUGCUCUUGAACAAGCUAUCAUUAGUCAGAAGCCUCAGCUGGAGAAGUUGAUUGCCACCACAGCCCAUGAAAAGAUGCCGUGGUUCCACGGGAGUAUCUCUCGGGAGGAGUCAGAGCACCGUAUCCUCGUUGGGUCAAGAAACAGUGGAAAAUUUCUUAUCCGAGAGAGGGACAGGAAUGGUUCCUAUGCCCUGUGCCUGCUAAAUGAUGGAAAAGUACUGCACUACCGAAUUGACAGAGACAAGACAGGAAAGCUCUCCAUACCAGACGGAAAAAGGUUUGACACCCUCUGGCAGUUAGUUGAACAUUAUUCAUACAAACCAGAUGGAUUACUAAGGGUCCUUACCACUCCUUGUCCACAACUUGGCUCAGAAAAUGAUAAUUUUGGUUUUAAUGCUCAUCCUUCUCCCUCUGGAACACUUCCUAAGAGUUGGGCAGGAGGUGGAAUUAUCUCGAGACUCAAAUCGUACACCUUUCCAAAGGCUGGCAGCAAAAAGCUUCAGUCAACUAUUGGCCACUCACUCGAAGAAGCACCUUUUAAUCCUUAUGUGCUGCAAAGAAAUAGAGGUUCUACAGAAGAAGAAAGAGGUGAUCAGAGAGAGGCCUUACCCAUGGAUACUGAGGUCUAUGAAAGUCCAUAUGCUGAUCCAGAUGAAAUUAAACCAAAAAAUGUCACUCUUGACAGGAAAUUGUUAACCUUGGAGGAAGGUGAACUUGGCUCUGGCAACUUUGGUACUGUAAAGAAAGGGCUCUAUAGGAUGAAAAAGGGUGCCAAGCCAGUGGCUGUAAAAAUUCUUAAGAAUGAGAGUAAUGAUCCAGCCAUAAAGGAUGAAUUACUGAGAGAAGCAAAUGUAAUGCAGCAACUGGAUAACCCGUAUAUUGUCCGAAUGAUAGGCAUAUGUGAAGCUGAGGCCUGGAUGUUAGUAAUGGAAAUGGCUGAGCUUGGGCCGUUAAACAGAUUUUUGCAAAAAAAUAGACAUGUCACAGAGAAGAACAUAACAGAGCUGGUGCACCAGGUUUCCAUGGGGAUGAAAUACCUGGAGGAGAAUAACUUUGUUCAUAGGGAUCUGGCUGCAAGGAAUGUGCUAUUAGUCACCCAACAUUAUGCCAAAAUUAGUGACUUUGGACUUUCCAAAGCUCUUAGUGCAGACGAAAAUUAUUAUAAGGCACAAAGUCAUGGAAAAUGGCCAGUCAAGUGGUAUGCUCCGGAAUGCAUGAAUUUCUACAAAUUUUCUAGCAAAAGCGACGUUUGGAGCUUUGGAGUCUUGAUGUGGGAAGCUUUCUCUUAUGGGCAAAAGCCAUAUAAGGGAAUGAAAGGUGGUGAAGUUGCACAGAUGAUUGAAAGAGGAGAACGAAUGGAACGUCCUGAGGUCUGUCCAACAGAAGUCUACAGUCUAAUGAAAUUGUGUUGGACAUACAACGUUGAUGACCGACCAGGAUUUGUCGCGGUCGAGCUGAGACUGCGUAACUACUAUUACGACAUUUCCCACUAACAGCCUGAAGAACAGCAUCUUCCUUGCCUCCAGCCAGCACCCUCUGAGAAGCAAUUUGAUUUCCAAAACCAAGCAACUUUGGCUUCUGUACUUCCAUUUUCACCCUGCAAAGCACAGAGCUGAGCCUUGUGGUCUGUAAGGUUGCCUUUUCUUGCCUUCUGCACAAUAUCCAAGCACAGAAAGAGAGUGUUGAAAGUGUAGAGGACUCAAAGUGAGCAGCAAGGCUCUCAGAGAGCAGAUGCUUAGACUUUUGCUACAUCCAAUUUCAUUUUAUUUACAGCUUCAUUUGCAUUACCUUUGCAGUCCUGUAAAAACCAUUUAAUGACUUCGAACUUCCUUCCUCUCCUGUAUUGGACUGCCAAUUGGAAUUUAGAUGUUCCUAGUAAUAUUCUUAGUCCUCAAAUGUAUUUAGUUUUUCCGGCUUUCCUGCUCCUCAAGAAAGAAUAGCAUAAACAUUUCUCACUGUGAAGGAAAUUCACUGUGAAAGUGUGUCAGUCGCUUUGACUGACGGUGUGUUUGAUUUUAUCACCAAGCCCCUUUAAAAUCAAGUUAUAUUCUUCUUAGUGGUAAAGUGGGCAGAGGAGAACUGGAAGUUUUGACUUUCUAACAUUGUCACCUCCUUCAAAUGUGAUCAGCUUCUCUUGUUCCUCAUCUAAUGUGUGGAGCCCAGCUGUUCCUCAGGGAGUUAUUCUUUUUCCUGGUGAAACCUGGGAACUCAGGGGUUUGCUCUCAUCUUUGAAGAAAACAUACCAGCACCUAAGACAAUGAUUCUGGAUUUUAACAUAAACUGCGCCACUGCAUUCCUGAAAAUACACCUGUGAUGGAGCAGCACCUAGUUUUCUCUGUGCUGUUUUCCUUCUCCAGACAUACCUUUUCCAUGUAUCUGUUUGGGUAUACCAAAGCCCCUUGUUUUGUGUUUUGAGCAGCAAUCAUUUUUGCCUUUUUCUCAAAUCUUUAUUGAAAAGCAUCUGUCAGAAUUUCACCACACGUUAUCACCUCUAAAGUUAAAUUUCACCUCUAGCACAAAUUCUUUAAAAUAGGCAUGUGGACCUCAAGAUUACUUUUGUCUGUUCCAAAAUCUUACUAUUUGUCCAGCUAUCUAUCAACGUGGCUAUCUCAGGAAAGGGUAUUUUUAUUAUCACUCUUCUGUAAUUUAGAGUGCAUCCCCAUUAAAUUGGAAGUUUAGUAAUAGUAAUUACAAAUAGUAUAAUCUACUCCUGAUUGUUUUUACCCUUAUGCUUUGCUUGUCCAAUCUCAUUUUAAAUAUUAUCAAUAUCAAAAUUUCUAUCACUUAUUACUCACAAGCAGCUACUCUAUUGUCAUUUACACAUAUCUCAGGAGUCUACGUAACGUUACAUCUGUUAGAUAAAGAGAUUUUAGAAGAAUAUAAAGGAUAAGAUUUAGAGUUAGAUAUAUUUAUUGCAUACGUCUGGUUAGAGUAUAUGUCUUUCAUUUUCAUGUGAACAGGAUAUUCUUAGAGAUGGAGUGAUAUUUUUUUCUCUAGAAAAGAAAUUGUGUGAAAAACUGAGAAAGUGUGAAAUAAUUUUAGAAACAGAUAGGACUACAAACAAAUGUAGGAUUUACUGAAUUUUUUCUUUUUACUAAGGUUGUGAUCUGUUUGUUAAAUAAUACCUGGUUACUUUUGGUAGUUCAGUCUUGAGUGUCCAGUGCAAGAUACUUCAGAAACCACAUACUACUGAAAAAGAUUGAGAGUAAUAGAUCAUGUUUCAAACGUGACCAAAUGUGAUUUAUACUGAAGAUGAUUUAUUUUUUGUUUUGUUUUUAAGAAACAUUUUGUACAAGACCAGCUGGAGUAGAAGUUAGCCAUAGUUACACAUGGGUAUUUCGUCACUUUAGUUGUGUUGCAGAGAAAUUGCUAUUUCUACAUGUGCAAUUAGUACAUUUAUGGGGAUAUUAGUUAUAAAAAAUUGCACAGAUCGCACAAAUCUCUAUUAACCAGCAAGUGACAGUACUCAAUUUCCCUGAGUGAGAGAUAUAUCUCUCUGUAUCUCUCACUGUCUUUAAAAACAAUGUCUGAUACAACAAAAUUGGAGGAUUAUUUCAUGUCCUCUCUUCUGAGUGAAUGUCAACAUCACUUUCCAGUGUUACUUGAUUAUUCCUAACUUCAUUGUUACAUAAUAAAAGUUUACACUGAGAAUAUAAAGAA